UAUUCAGCUUCUGUGCCCUCCACCUAAAGUCUGUGUGUUUGUUGGAUUACCUGGGAGUCUGUGUCGACACCAUGGCUCUGGUCCGAGUGCUCAGAGUCCUGUGCUGCCUGCUGCUCACUUAUCACCUGGGUGAUGCCAGGAGAAUCAAGGGAAAUGGAAGAGGUGAGUUGGACCCGAAGCCUGUCCUGAGAAUGAAGAUGCCUCACAUUACCAGCACAGUCUUCAAGCUCUACUCUAAUGGUGCUAAAGACAUCGAGGACUUGUGCACGAUGGAGGCUUUCAGGCCACAUACUCUGACCGCCUGUGGUUUCAACAGCAGUCAUCUUCUCAUCAUCAUCACCCACGGAUGGUCGUUACGGCCUAUAAACACUCUGAUGGAGAGCUGGGUGCGUCUUGCUUCUGCUCUGAAGACCAGUCUUGGAGAUGUCAACGUGAUCGUCACUGACUGGCUUCUACAGGCCAAUAUGAACUACCCUAACGCAGCCCAGAACACCAGGGCAGUGGGGAAGGACAUAUCCUUCCUGCUACUGUGGCUGCAGGAGUUUUACAAUUUUCCUGCAGAGAAGAUUCAUCUGAUUGGAUACAGUCUUGGUGCUCACGUCUCUGGAUUUGCUGGAAGCUACCUAGGAGGACCGGCAAAGAUUGGAAGAAUCACUGGUCUGGAUCCAGCAGGUCCCCUGUUUAAGGGCAUGGCAGCAUCAGACAGACUGUCCCCUGAUGAUGCCCUCUUUGUGGAUGCCAUCCACACCUACACUCAAGAACGCAUGGGGCUGAGUGUGGGCAUCAAGCAGCCUGUGGCACAUGUUGACUUCUACCCCAACGGGGGUGACUUCCAACCAGGAUGCCACCCUUUCCAAAGCUUAAUGGAACAUUUCGCCUCGCAUGGAGUCAAUGGUUUUGAGAAGACAGUGAAAUGUGCCCAUGAGCGUUCAGUCUACCUGUUCAUCGACUCCCUUCUGAACAAAGACAAACAGAUCAUGGCCUACAGAUGCAGUGAUGACAAUGCCUUUGAGAAGGGUAACUGCCUGGACUGCCGCAAGAACAUAUGCAACACUCUGGGCUACAACGUCAGGAAGGUGCGCAGUGCCGCCGGCAAGAAGCUCUACCACAAGACUCGCUCUCACAUGCCCUACAAACUCUACCAUUACCAGUUCAGGAUUCAGUUUGUCAACCAGAUAGAGAAGAUUGGACCAGCAGUCACUUUGAGUUUGAAAGGAUACAAUGACAAUGAGCGUGAGGUGCAGACUGUCAGCUUUAAUUUGAGGAUCUCUGGCAAUAAGACGUACACCUUUCUAAUCACCCUGGACUCAGACAUUGGGGUCCUGAUGAUGCUGAAGUUCCGCUGGGAGGGUAGUGUUGUAAACAAUAUGUGGAUUAAGGUGCAGACCUUUAACCCCUGGGGCAGUGGGGGAAUGGGGCCCAAGCUCACCGUGGGCAAAAUUUGUGUCAAAGCAGGCGAGACACAAAAUAGGUGGGUAUCCAUCCCUCUGGGGGGCAAGGAGGGUGUGAGAUUGAAUUGCAUUAAUAAAGAUCAAUAG